CCCAGGGACUUCUUGUCAAGCAUGAGAGAGAUAGAGUUGCUCUUUGUUAAAGCUUCAGAGACUGGAAAAGAGGUUCCUAGGAUGCUUGAAGCCAAUAAGUUGCAUUUCCGUCCAAUAGUUCCGUCAAAAGAAAAUGGCUCCGGUGCAUCAUCACUGUUCAAAACCUGUCUCUCUUGUGGGGACGAUCCCAAAGAUGUACCCGAAGAGCCUGCUCAGAACUCGGUGAAAUACUUGACCUGGCAUAGGACUGACUCUUCACGAUCCUCGUCUUCUCGGAAUCCUCUCGGAGGAAUGAAUUCUGAUGAUGUGGAAGAGCUCAAUAGCAAUAUCUUUGAAAAUAUUUGCAUGAUUGCUGGAAGCCAUGCCUCAACGCUAGACAGACUAUAUGCAUGGGAGCGGAAGCUCUAUGAUGAAGUUAAGGGGAGUCAGACUGUGCGGAGAGAGUAUGACGAAAAGUGCAGAAUUUUGAGAGAACUUGAAUCAGAAGGUAAAGGUUCACAAAGAACAGACAAGACACGUGCAGUUGUGAAAGACCUUCACUCCAGAAUCAGAGUGGCGAUUCACAGGAUCGACUCCAUAUCAAGACGGAUUGAAGAACUCCGUGACAAAGAGCUCCAGCCUCAACUUGAGGAACUCAUUGAAGGGUUAAGUCGUAUGUGGGAAGUGAUGUUCGAAUGCCACAAGGUUCAGUUUCAGUUAAUCAAAGCGUGUUACAGAGGCGGAAACAUUAAACUCAACAUGCAGUCGGAGGUGCACAGACAAGUAACAUCUCACCUUGAAGAUGAACUCAGCGCGUUGGCCUCAAGCUUCACCAAGUGGAUCACAGGCCAGAAAUCAUAUAUUAAAGCGAUAAAUGAGUGGCUGGUGAAAUGUGUCGCCUUAACACAAAAAUCCUCCAAACGAAAAAGGCGUGGUGCGCCACAGCUGCAACUGAGAAACUAUGGUCCUCCCAUUUAUGCAACCUGUGACAUCUGGCUAGAAAAACUCGAAGAAUUGCCUACCAAAGAGGUUUCGAGCUCCAUUAAAGCACUUGCAUCUGAUGUCGCCAGGUUCUUGCCACGUCAGGAAAAGAAUCGCACCAAGAAACAUCGGUCUGGUGAGAACAAAAACGAUCUGACAGCUCACAUGUUGCCAGAUGAGGCAGUGGAGGAUCGAGGUCCGGGAUUUGAUCGGUUUAGGACAAGCUUGGAAGGAUUCGUUGGACAACUCAACCAGUUUGCAGAAUCAUCAGUGAACAUGUAUGAGGAACUUAAGAAAGGAAUCCACGAUGCCAAGAACAACUACGAGCACUUGAAGAAGGCUUAUGCACAAGGAAAAUGAUUUUUUGGUUUCUUGGAGAAAUGGAAUUUUGUCAUGUUAAAAAUUUUGGAGGGAAAAUUGGGUUUGGCAUUUGUAAAUGCAAAAGGGAUUAUAUAAAAAGAUUUCUUCAAGCAUGGAUAUGGAAGAUAAUUGUGACA